AUGAAUGUUCUCAUUUCCAACUGGUCGAGCGUUCAAUCUUUGCCGGAAAGCUAUAUUUUUCCACCUGAAAGGAGGCCAGGAACGUACAUAAUUCCAUCAUCCAAAGACAUUCCGCUCAUCGAUCUCGAAAACAUCAAUGGCCCUGAACGAGCUCUCAUAGCUCAACAAAUUGUAAAAGCAUGCCAAAAUUUUGGACUUUUUCAAGUGAUCAAUCAUGGAGUAUCUAGGGAGUUGAUGGAUCAAACAAUGAAAGUUUUCAAAGAGUUUUUCGCAUCCCCUGCAGAAUUCAAAGCAAUAUUCUAUUCCAAUGACUUGAACUCGAGUUGCAGGCUUUAUACAAGUACAUUAAACUAUGAAAAUGAAAAGAUUCAUUAUUGGAGAGAUAACUUGACUCAUCGCUGUCAUCCCCUUGAAGACCAUAUCGAUUGUUGGCCCGAAGACCCCCAUUACAGGAAAGUCGUCGGGGAGUACUCAAUUGAAGUGAAAAAGUUUCUAUUGACGAUAUUGGAGUUAAUUUGCGAUGGAAUGGGACUUGAAAGAGGGUAUUUCAAAGGAGAAUUGAUCAAAAACCAAUUAAUUUCUGUAAACCAUCACAUUCCUUGCCCUGACCCAAGUUUAACACUUGGAAUGCAAGCACAUUGUGACCCGAAUCUUAUUAGUAUACUUCAACAAGGUAAUGUGUGUGGACUUCAAGCUCUAAAAGAUGGUCAAUGGAUCGGCGUUGAGCCUCUUCCAGACUCUUUCGUCGUUAUUCCAGGACUCCAAUUGCGGGUUAUAAGCAACGGGAAGCUAAAAAGUGUGGUGCACCGCGUUGUGACUGAUUCAAAGAAGUCCCGGACCACCAUUGGGACAUUUCUAAUUCCUUCAAAUGACAUAUUGAUACGACCUGCGGAUGCUUUGCUUGGUUCUCCUGAUAAACCGAUGUACCAUGGUUACACAUACAAAGAAUUUUUUAGUACGUUCAUCGGUAACAAUUGCGAGGCGGAAAGGGCACUAGAAUGCUUCAAGCUAUGA